AUGAUACUGCCACGCUCACUCUACAACGAUGCGCCACCAGAGCCACGCACACGCAUCACCAACAACCCCACGCUGCUCUACAGCUGGUGGUGCACCAUCUUCUCCAUCGUCAUCAUAGGAUUUCGCCUCACGGGUCGCUACAUUCGAAAUGAACGCCUCUUCCGCGAAGACAAAAUCAUGGCUGGGAGCAUCAUUCCACUUCUGGCCCGCAUGGCUCUCAUCCACGUGGUCCUCCUUUGGGGCACCAACAAUGCAAACACCUCCCAACUUACAGAUCCGCUCAAGAUCCAUCAUCGCGAAAUCGGUGCGAAACUGGUCAUCGCAGCUAGGAUCUUCUACACCAUGUUCGUCUGGAUGGCCAAAUUCACAGUCUCUGAGUUCUUGAAACGGAUGACGGAACGGUUCUGGAAGAAGGGCUACGAGUCUGGCCUGCGUGGCAUUCGCAUCUUCCUCGUUGUCACCUUCAUCGCCGUCCUGGUCGCAACUCUGUCAGAGUGUCACCCUUUCCAAGAGAACUGGCAGGUCAUUCCAGAAGCGAAACCGACGUGUCGCCAGGGAUUUGGACACCUUCUCACCAUGGGCACUACCGACAUCGUCACCGACUUACUCCUAGUCUUCUUCCCGAUCCCAAUCAUCCUCAAGUCAUCAAUGUCCAUCAAACGCAAGUUGCAAUUGGUCGCACUCUUCUCCAUGUCAAUCGUCCUCGUCAUCAUCACUGCAGCUCGCAUGCCGCUCGUCAUCGAAAAGCGCGGUUUGCAGCAGUAUCGCACCGUCUGGGCCUCGUCUGAGAUCCUCGCUGCCACGGGCGUCUCGAACGCCAUUAUUCUAGGAUCGUUCCUCCGCGAUAGAGGAGUCAAGAAGACGAAGUACAAGCCCGGAUCAGCCACCGAUAGUAUGGAUCGUCGCUCUUCGACCCGGCGUACGUUGCAAGAUCUGGGCAGUGACGAAGAUCUUGCUCGUUCGCUCGGGUUUCGUACAAACCCGGAGCUGAUGGACGACAAAUCGAGCAUCGCAAGGCCUGCUCAAGUCGUCGAUAUCAACCUGCUCAAUCCACGAUCGCCGCGCGGACCGCCACCUCCUUUCUCAACUCCCAAUUGGCAAGCCAGCAAGAAGUCAGACCUGUCUGAUUAUAGCGGCGAUUCUGAUCUGAAGUGCAGGGACAGCGAAGACCCAAUCCCCAGCCCUCGCGCAAUGGGUGGCAGACGAGUGUCCUUUUUCGACGUGGGAGGGCUGCUAGAGAACGGGCCAACCACAGCACCAUCACCAACAGAUUCCGUGGUUGCGCAAGAUUUCGCACCACAGCCGCGGCGGCCGUCGAGAAGCUCCCUUGCUCCAAGCGGACGGUCAUACAUACCUGGCCGACGGACAUCGCGUCUCUCUCAACAAUCUGAAGAGUACGAGAUGGGCACUCGCCUGGUUGUACAAACGCAAGACCGAGGAAACUUGUUACCAGAAAAGGAUGAACUGGCCGCGACUGCAUCACCGAAUACCAGAGCAUCAACCGCACAGUCCACCCGACCUCUGAUAUCGCGGGACACCCCAACUCCCAUCACACGCAGCCCGACUGCAACCAGCUACACCAGCGUACCCAGCCUACAGGACGCCGGCGGGCUUCUUUCUUGA